UCAAAGAAAUUAAAAAUAAUUACGGUGGAGACUUGAUAACUGCACUGUAUGAGUUUAUUAGUGGAUUUCCAUUACAACACAUCACAAUAGGAUUUGACUAUUCAAUCAAUGAAAGAUUUAUCGAACAUCUGUUAAGAGUCUUGCAUGACGGAAAAAUUGUGGCAAUGACUUUCAAUUUCUCAAAUCCCGAUAUAGUUGAAAAGUAUUUUUCUUACCUCUCACAUCAAACUGAAAAUUUCUACGAGUCUUCAACCCUUUUUUUAGGUCGCCAUCGUAUAUACGAAUAUUUAUUAAUAGAAAUAUAUGAACGCAAUUUAAUAAGAAGAAAUACCAUUUUUAUCUUUUAUUGGGGGAAACCACCAUUUACAAGAUAUUUUACCAGAAAUAUUCCUUAUUCAAUAAAAGCAUAUGCGAUUACGAAUCCAAGAAAUAAUACUUAUCGCUUGUACUAUAGUCAAGCUACAUCACACAAACAGCAUCACUUAGAAAUGGUAAACUGGUGGAAUCAAGAUAUGGGCAUUUUUCAUCAUCCCACUUUACCUAUUACAAAGUCUGUAUUUAAAGAUUUUAAAGGACGUGUUCUACGGGUUCCCGUUCUUCACAAACCACCAUGGCACUUCGUUCGUUAUACACCUACAGACACUAAUAACCAAUCUGCCGAAUCGACUAUUCAAGUUUUAGGCGGUAGAGAUGAUCGAAUUUUAAAAUUGUUAUCAAAAAAAUUGAAUUUUAGAUUUGACUACUUUGAUCCUCCAGAACGAAUUGAGGGAACAUCCAAUAUUGAGACAGGUUACUUUAGUGGAGUAAUAGGACAGAUUUUACGAAAGGAAGCAGAUUUAUUUAUUGGCGAUGUUGGACUGACCUAUGAGAGAUUUAAACAUGUAGAAUUUUCAUUUAUAACAUUGGCUGAUAGUGGAGCUUUUGUUACGCAUGCUCCAAGUCAACUUAAUGAGGCAUUAGCUCUUUUAAGACCUUUUCAAUGGCAGGUUUGGCCAGCUAUUGGUGUCACAAUAAUUGCUGUUGGUCCCGUAUUAUUCUUACUUAUAGCUUUACCCAAUUUAUGGCAACCAAAAUUUAAAGUUCGGUCCUACUCCAGAUUAUUUUUUGAUUGCACGUGGUUUACAGUAACCAUUUUAUUAAAACAGACUGGACGAGAACCAAAAUCAAACAACAAAACUAGAUUCUUUAUCAUCCUGUUAUCUUUUUCAGCUACUUAUGUAAUUAGCGAUAUGUAUUCAGCUAAUUUAACUUCUUUAUUAGCUAGACCUGGAAGAGAAAAAGCUAUUCACAAUCUGUAUCAAUUAGAACACGCGAUGACGUCUAGAGGCUACAAACUGUACGUAGAAAAACAUAGUUCAUCCCAUGGAUUUUUGGAGAAUGGUACUGGCAUAUAUUCUAGAUUGUACAAUUUGAUGAUUCUAAGACAAGGAAACAACGAUAUUUUAGUAGAUUCUGUGGAAAUGGGAGUGAAGAUGGUACGAGAUUCGAGAAAUGUAGCAGUGAUGGGGGGAAGAGAAACAUUGUUUUUCGAUAUUCAACGAUUUGGUCCUGUUAAUUUUCAUCUGAGUGAGAAACUAAAUACAGCAUACUCUGCUAUUGCGUUACAAUUGGGAUGUCCUUUUGUAGAAGAAAUCAAUAAAAUACUAAGGGCAAUAUUUGAAGCUGGAAUUAUAACAAAAAUGACUGAAAACGAAUAUGAGAAAUUAGGAAAAGAAAAGUCGUUGUCGUCAUAUGAAAUUGCCGAAAAUGUUGCCAAAGACACCAACAAAGAUUUAAAAAGGCAAUCUAAGGCCGAGGAGGAACACGAUAAAUUAAAACCAAUUAGUCUAAAGAUGUUGCAAGGCAAUUUUUAUCUUCUAUGUUUUGGAAACGUUUUUUCCGGAUUAGUUUUAGUUGGGGAAAUAUUGUUUUAUAAAAGAAGACUUAAAAAUAAAUCAAAAAGAAAAAAACGAUCAUUUAUUAUAAGUAAAUGGAAGAAAAUUAUUACAUUUAAAAUUAGAAAAUAUCGACUGGUUUUACGAAGAUUUUACAUGAAUGCCAUGCACGACGCAUUUGUUUCUACCCUAGAAUAUGUGGAAUAACAAGAAAAUAACCAAAAAUGUUAAAACACUGAUGUAAUUGAAAAUUUUGAUUAAUAAAAUAGAUGAAGGUGUA